UUGAGAAUGACAUAAUAGUCACACUUUGCAAAUUAGAAAGAAUAUUUCCUCCAUCAUUCUUUGAUGUUAUGGUGCAUUUACCUAUUCAUCUUGCAAGUGAGGCAAAGGUUGCUGGACCAGUGCAAUAUCGAUGGAUGUAUCCUAUCGAGCGGUAUUUACGUACAUUAAAGUCUUAUGUCCGUAAUAAGAGUCGUCCAGAAGGUUCUAUUGCAGAGGGGUACAUAGCAGAAGAAUGUACAACCUUUUGCUCAAGAUAUUUGCAUGAUGUUGAAACGAAGCAUGACCGUGAAGAAAGAAAUUAUGUCAUUGAAAAUAACAUAACAAAUGGUGGAGGGUUAACCAUUUUCAAAUGCAUGGGACGUACAAUAGGGAAGUCAACAUCUCGUGUUCUUAGCACAGAAGAAUGGUCCCAAGCACAUUUAUAUGUGUUGACUAAUUGUGAGGAAGUGACGUCAUUUAUUGAAGAGCAUAAGCAAUCUAUAAGGGUUAAGCCUCGUAUUCGUGCACGAGAUGUAGAUUUGAUUCACACAAGAGAAUUCAUUAGUUGGUUUGAAGAACGUAUUAUACAAAUGCGACAUGAAGGUCCAAUUUCUGAACACAUACUAUCAUUGUCUCGUGGACCAAGUACAUCAGUUACAUGUUAUAAAGGAUACAUCAUUAAUGGGUUCAGAUUUCACACAAGAGAACGAGAAAAGUGGAAAAAAACUCAAAAUAGUGGAGUUGUUGUGACCGCAGAGGUAUCAAGCUUUGCAAGUGCAAGAGAUAAGAACCCAAUUCCUGGUCAUAUUUCUUACUAUGGUGUGCUAACUGAUGUAAUUGAGUUACAUUACCUUGGUGGAAAUAGAGUUAUUUUAUUCAAGUGUGACUGGUGGGAUGUAAUCAAUAGUGGAAGGGGAAUAAAAAAGGAUGAAUAUGGGUUCACGUGUUUGAAUUUUGAACGUACCAUAUGCAUAGAUGAGCCAUUUGUGCUUGCAUCUCAAGCAAAACAAGUCUUCUAUGUUCAAAAUUCAAAUGAGGAAAAUUGGCACACCGUUGUAGAGAUACAAACUCGAGGGGUUUAUGAUAUGAAUAAGAAAGUAUCUACUAAUGAUCCAGAGCCAUAUCAACAGUUUAUAACACCUCAUAGUCAACAUGAUGUGCAUGAGUUGGCCGAGAAUGAUUUAAUCAAUUGGGAUAGAAAUGAUAUUGCAGGAGAAACUAUCCAAACAGAUGUUCUACUAUCACGAUAAGAAAACAUUGUUGAAAGACAUAAUGAAUUUAUUCAGGAUGAUGUGUAGCU